AUGCGGUACCACUCAGUAUUCGACAUCAUCGAGGAGCGAGCCUUGAAAGAAGGAAAGACAUUAGAUGAAAUACUCGACCUUUCGGAGCAUUACUACACCAUAGCGACCGAACGGUAUAAAGCCUCCAAAAACUCGGUGGAGAAGUACGUGGCUGAGAAGCUUUUGUGGAAACAUUUUGGUUGGACGGAAAGAUUUCCUGGCGCACCGCCUGAGAGGAAGGAUGAAGAUAUUCGAAACAAUAUUGGUACCGUUGCGAUUUUACCUGGCAGUUCUCGGAUUCAAACCCAGCUUCCUCUCGGGCAACAGGAACGUCUGUCGGAUGACGCCGAACAUAGACACAAACACCCCAUCAACUCAAUCCAUACUGAUAAAAAAACAGAACAAUUUCCCAGCGUUACACUACCUAGAAACAAAGAUGAGAAUAUUAGAAGCAGCAGCAGUAGUUUUGCGAUUUCACCCAGCUACCCUCGAAUUCCAAGUCAGCUUCCUCUCAUACAUAACGGUCGCUCGUCUAAUGAUUUCGCACUCAAACUUAUAAACCGCCCCAACUCAAUCGAACUUCUUCUGCUUGCCGGGGCACCCAGUCGUGUUGGUCUCGAAUGGCCCGGAGAAACGAAAUUUCCGUACGCACCCGUUUACGGCCAGACUGUUGAGGGCCAACCAUAUUGGUCGAUAAUCACACAUCCGGAUGCAUAUUCAAAAUUUGUUGGUCCAGACCGCAGUACUUUGAGCAGAUUUGCAGGCACUUUUCACCUAAAAUUUACUACGCACCUUGCCAGAGAGCACCAAACUCUGAUGAUCUGGAUAGAGGCACACGGACCUUAUUGCAAUAUUCAUGACAUUGAUAAAGCAGCUUGGGCGAAACUCGAACGCGCAUAUCAUUUUUUGUUUCUGUGGGUGUGGGCUUUUCAAGUAGAGAAAUUGCCACCAGGGGGGAAGGAAUUCCUAGAGGACUUUAUGCAAUUGGAAAAGGAAAAUAAAUUGGGGAAAAUUCCACCCAGGUUGCAGCCUCGUCGGCCGGCUCUACCGCAAUUCGAAAAGCAGCUACGCUCACUACCUCACUCAACUACGGGAAGAUAUCGCUCACCAACAAAGUCUCAUGAAGAGAGACACACCCCGAGAAGCAUAUCGCGAAGUAGGAAACGACGGCGAGAGCGAAGCGAAAGUCCGGCGUCAUAUCGCGGUUCAGAUUAUUAUAUGCCCUCUCGGUAUAGAAGUGGACGAUCUGAUCGGCACAGUAGUACAUCUCCUCGACGACGAUUUUGGAGUCCAGAUCAUUAUAGACCCUCUCGGCACAGAGAUAGUGGAUCUACCGGUGGAAGAACACGCUCACCAGAAGAGUCCCGCGAAGGUGCAGACAAUCGGGAAAGCGUAUAUCACGGGAGGGGCAGUAGGAGAUCUCGCAGUCCCGUUCAUCAUAGCCUCCCUCGACAAAGGGAUAAACACUCUGAGGAAUCCCAUGAGAGUUCUUAUCGAGAAACCAGCGAGCAACAGCGGCUUCGUCUACUUCGCGAGCGUAUCGAGAAUGAAAAGAGGAUUCUUUUGAGCAAGAAAGAGGAGGAGGAGGAAAGACGCUUUCGGCUUUCACCGAAAUCCGAAGAUGAUGAUGAAAAGCUGCGGCUUGCAGGGGAGUCGGAAAGAAAGAAGUGGGCAGAGGACUAG